AUGGCAAUAAAUUAUGCAAAAGUGGCAAAAACCCCUUAUAUUUUCAGACAAUUAACGGGUCUAAAAACAGAAGAAUUUGAAAAAAUCGUGGAAAAAGUGAGGCCGGAGUGGGAAAAAAUGGAGGCAAAAAAGAAAUGUCACGGAAGAAAAUCGCACGUUGAAACACUAGAAGACAAAAUAUUAUGCGUUCUCAUUUAUUAUAGAACGUACAUAACACAUCCAUUUUUGGGAUUUUUAUUCAAUUUGCACAACUCAAAUAUUUGCCGACUUUUAAAGAAAAUGGAGCCAUUGUUGGCAAAAAAAGUUACCAUAAAAAAGGAUAGAACCUUAACGCCCGAAAGGAUUUUGAAGAUUUUAGCAGAUGUUACAGAACAGCCGAUACAGCGACCAAAAGACAGCAAAAAACGUAAAAAAAGUUACUCUGGCAAAAAGAAAACAACGACCAUAAAAACCGAAAUUAUAAUCGAAGAAAGUGGGCAAAUCUUGUCGGUUUCAAAGUCGCAUCGAGGUCGAAUGCACGAUUUUCGCAUAAGAAAACAGGAGAAAAUGCUGCCAAGAGAUAGUAUAAAACACGCUGAUUCCGGCUAUCAAGGAUGGCAAAAAGUUCAAAGUAAUGUAGUAAUUCCAUAUAAAAGGUACCGGAAAAAACCACUAACGGAAGAGCAAAAGGAGCAUAAUAGAAAGCUGGCGUCGUUCAGGAUGCGAGUGGAAAAUAAAAUUCGAGAGAUCAAAAUAUUCAAAAUUAUAUCAAAUGUUUACCGCAAUUUUCAGAAGAAAUACAACAUGAGAUUCAAUAUUAUUGCUGGUAUUGUGAACCUAAGGCACGGUUUUUAA